AUGUGGGAAUCUAAUUUCGGACGGAGAGAUCGACGCAACCAGGAAAUGGCUUCUUCUCUUCCUGCGUCUCUGUUCCUGCUGUCUGUGGUUUUCUGGCAGUUUGUCUCUGCUGCAGAUCCGGUCUCAGUCAAAGCUAAAGCUGGAGCAGUCGUCACUCUGCCGUGUAAAUUUUCUGGGGCCAAAGCUGUUGUCCUGGCAGAGUGGAGCAGACCCGACCAGACCUUGGCGCCGGUUCUUCUCUACAGGAACAAGAAGGUGGAUGACAAUCAGCUGGCUGCCUAUAAGGGCCGGACGUCUCUGCUGGCCGCAGAGAAAGGAGACCUGUCUCUGGUGCUGAAGAAAGUGGUGGGCAGAGACACCGGAAAGUAUGAGUGCCGAGUUUUACUGGAAGGAUCGGGAGACGAAAAAGAAGAGCUAGAGAUAGAGCAGCCCCGGUCAGGCGGCAGAGGAGGAAGAAGUGGAACUUUUCUGACAAGUGACCCAAUCAGCAUCGUUAUGCUGAAAGUGGAAGGUGGGCCCAGCCCCGGAGGAGACGUGCAGCUGAGACCCAACACCGUCCUGCCAGUGGGCCUGCUGGCUCUGAUUGCUGGACUGCAGUGAUCCGCUGCAACAGCCGCAGGUUCAUCC